UUUAGGGUCCCAGACUCUUAAGCGUUUGAGAAGAGCCCCAGGAGUUCUCCAAACCAGCCCCUUAGCCUAAAUCCUCAAUCUCCAAAAGGCAGAAAAAGGAAGAUGCAUCGGCAUCGCCCUACUCCCUCAGUUUCCCAGUGCCAGCCUCUCCUCAGUAAUCCUUCAGGAUCAGAAUUCAAAUCCCAUUGGCAACCCCCGCAUGCCAGAAUGAGAGGGUGGGUGGAACAAUUAAAAUUCCCCGGCGCUGCAUCUGAGGCGAGUAGCAAGUGGAUACCAGGAUUGUGAGAUGUCUGUGGGCAAGGAGCCUGCUUACUCCAUGUAGGGCCAUGGGAUUUGGACUGGCUGUGUUCUCCCUGCAGCUCCAUCUCGGCAUAAAGCCAAGACUUCAAAAAUCUUGACAGGGCUUACCAACCCCUGCCAGAUAGUUAUGGAUGGAUGAGAGAAGCUGACUCCAGCCCUCCACUCUGUGACCAUCUUCCCUUCUACCAUGGAGAAAACUGUGUUGCCCCUGACUACAUCUGACCCAAGACCCUUUCAUCAACAACUCCCAGAGCCUCCAGACCUAGGAUGUGUCUUGAGACCGCAGGACAGCCUUGAAUUGGCCCCUGCCCUUGUGUGUGCCCUUUGCUGCUGCUUUGGAAUCGUCUACUGCUGCUUUGGCUACCGCUGCUUCAAGGCAGUGAUGUUUCUCUCGGGUCUGCUGUCCGGAGCUCUGGUGAUCUUCCUACUGUGCCACAAGGAACGGGUGCUGGAGACACAAUUGAGCCUGGAGGUGAGCGCAGGCAUCGCGCUGGGCAUCGGACUCCUCUGCGGCCUGGUCACCAUGCUGGUUCGCAGUGUUGGACUCUUUCUGACUGGCCUCCUGCUAGGUCUGACCCUGGGUGCUGGAAUCUUAUUAGGCACUGAACCCAUCUACCAGCCACAUUCAGCCUGGGUGCCGAUUGGUGGACUGAUGGGGCUGGCACUGCUGGGAGCCCUGCUCACACUCCGGUGGCCACGUCCAUUCACAGUUCUAGGCACAGCCCUGCUUGGUGCUGCAGUGCUGGUGGCCUGUGCUGACUACUACUUGGAAGGGCUGGCCCUGGGCACUCGGCUGGGUGAGCGCCUGCAGGCGCUUCCAGAGUUGCUUCCUCUUUGCUGGUAUAGCUGGGUCUUACUGGGGACCUGGCCAAUCUUGGGGGCUCUUGGAACACUGGCCCAGUGGAAACUCAUGGCUGAGGAACCUGGAAGCCACACCAAUGUGGUCUUGAGCCACCAGCGAAGGCAUCUCCAGCUCCUCCGGAUCCAUCAGCAAGAGGCUAAGUGGCAUCGGAACCCUUCUGGAGUGGGACUGUGUGAAAGCAGCUAUCGGAAUCAGCUUCCCCCCAAUAUCCAGAACCCCGGUGACAGUCUGGCCCCAGUGAGUGGGAGGGUAGGGCACCCCGGGGGAGGCUGGGUCAGAGGGCAUACAGUGAUGGCCGGGAUGAGCUGAGGGCUCUGACACAGAACCCCCCCCCCCUUCUACUCUGGCUGCCCUGUGUCCAUCCAGUUAUCUCCAGAGUCUCCGUGAGUGCCAGCUGGAACCAAGCACCCAGGUCACAGGCCCCCACACUGUCCUGGACCUGGAUCCUGACUGCAGUUCCACUCUCGUCCUCACCACCUUCGCACUCUGCCCAGACCUGAGCCUUAACCGCUAGGGAUACCAAUAACCAUAGGGAGGGCAGGAGGCUGCUAACUGAGAGAUCACUAGGUGGAUAGGGACCUGAGCCCACCAGACCCACACAAAUUUCCCUACCUCUUGGACUUGGGGAUAGGCUUUGUGCCCAGACCAAUCCUUUUAGAGACAGGCAGAGAGAAUUCCUAUAAAGAUGGGGGAGAGUGGAAAUAGAAGCACCUACCUUAGUAGAGGUGCCCUGCUCCCUAGAGACGCUGACUCCAAACCAAGGAGGUUUGCCCAAAACAGCUUUUUUUUUUUUUUUUUUUUUUUAAUUCUUGUAAUGCUGAGAUGGAACCCCGAGUGUUGCUCAUAGUAGGCAAGAAUUCUACCACUGAAUUACAACCCAUUCCCAAAUAUCCAUUUAAAUAUCUCCGUGUGCCUUACCAUGGUAAAUAUGGGGCUUUAUUGUAGGGCCUAUAGAAAAUUGGGGAACACCCUAACGCAUUUGGUAGUAGGGAGAAUGGUACAGAAGAACUCCAAGACCCCCAGCUCCCGGGCUCCUUAGUAUGGGUAAUUGGGCUUCUGGCCGGCCUUUCUCCAUGGGCCCCAUAAACUCGAGUCCCCUCUACCUCAGUGGGGAACACAGUCCUCCAUGGUGCUUUCUCCUCCCUCUUCAAUGAGGGAAGACCACAGAAUCUGCCUCAGCUCCCCUCUCUCCAAAAGCUGGCUCUGUGCUCCAAGAAGAAAUCAUUGGCUCACAUGACUGAUUCUUGCCUUUUUGUCCAGAGGAGCCUGGACUUGAGGGCUGUGUGGUAGUCAAGUGCCUUCUGUGUCUCAAUGUAGGUAAUACCAGUUUCCUCCUGAACCAGAAUUUGGGUCCAGCCACUAACCCAUUCUAAAUCUCCCUCCUCUAACUCCUGAGCCAGGUCUGAUUCCUGGUUUCCCAGGCAAUAUGAAGGAAGACAUAUCCCUCCCCUGAGCAGCAAAUGUGUAAUAAGAGGGAGAAAGAACACGGGAACAUGGCAAUAAAAUGGCACUGAAAAUUCAAAUGGG